ACGAUAGCCAAUAGCUGCGCAAAGCGCGAAGUUUUUCCUCCAGUGUCAAAACAUGGCGGAGAAGGGGGAAGAAAUAAGCUUCAAGAAGGAAACUGUAAGCAAACUCCUGUCUGGUUUCUUCAAGGAAGAGAAAACCAAACUAAGUGGGGAUGCUGCGCUACUCAUGGCAGAGAUGCUAAAAGUGUUUGUCCAAGAGGCUGCUGUCAGAUCACAGAAACAAGCUGAGUCGGAGGACUGUGACCAAGUAGACAUUGAGCAUUUUGAAAAGAUCCUACCACAGCUGCUCCUGGACUUUUAAACUCUGCCACUAGAUGGGGCCAGAGUGCCAUCAACAUGUUCUCAGUCGCCUUCUUUUACAGAGGAGAUAAUUUCUUUUCAGUAUAACUUCAGUUUCAUAUGUGCCCAAAUACGAGGCUUCAAUAAAGUAAUCAUUAGUGUUUAUUUGAAUUUUAUGAUUAUCUAAAAGUAGACGAACAGCAAUGUGGUCCACAUUCCCCCCCCACCACCGCCACUUUCACCAAUAAGGGCCACCUGUGCUCCUCUGCAACAACAGGUGCUUCCAGCAUGCUCUGUGGCUCCCUUCAUCAAAGCCUCCAGGAGCAGUUGGAAGCAAUUAGAGUAAUAAGGGGAGCAGCCAGUCCCUUAGAUGAUGACAAGUACCAGGAAAAAAAGGAGUACCCCCUCCGGCCACUUUGAAGUUCCCUUUUGCUGUCCUGCGAUGUUUGGUUAGAGGUGGGGGGGAAGGGCAAAGGGGAUCACUGGCACAGGGGGAAAGUUGAAUGGGAGUGUGUGUGCACAUAUGUGUGCAUCUGCUAGCCAAACAUGACCAGAGACCACACGCAUAGAUAUUCUGUUUGAAAGGAAACAUAACAAAACACAUUGGAGCACGGUCCAAGAGGAGUAGGGUAUAAUUCUGAAGGUAAAUAAACACAAGAGGCGAGUAGUAGAGGUGCUUUCUCUACUUUCAUCACAGCAGAAGCGGUGGGGGCAGCGGGGGGGUGCAAAGCCAGGCCUACAAGGGAGAAGGUAAUGUGGGGUUUCCCGACCCAAGUGGCUCUGGUUUUCCACCGGCACUGUGUUUGUCCACAGUGUCUUCACUGUGAGUCAGCAUAGCUGCAUUAGACAUCCCACUAUUUCUGUGUGCGGCUCUUAAUGUGACUCGCAUACAGCUGGAAGCAACUUGAGCAACGGUCAUGAAUUCGGGCUCAAAUAGGUGCUCAAGGACACGGCACCUGGAAUUUGACCCAGCACCUUUUUUAGUAAUGCCCAGGCUGGAUUAAUGUUUCCCAGGGGUGACUUCCAAAGCAGGCUGUCAGGAGAUUAGUUGAGGGAUGUUUAAUCAUGCCACAUUGAAUACUGCGGCAGAUUUCUUGUUUAGUGAAUUAUUUGGUGGGUUAAUAAUUGAUCUGUAGUAGUAGCAUCUCAUGCCUGAUCAUCCUCUCUUAUUUAGCAGAUAUUAAAGUAAGUUAAAUUAGUGUAAUGCAUCAUUGCCUGUUAUGAAUGUAAGCAGCAGAUUACAAAAUGUUGCACUCACUUGCCAUAAAUAUAGCCUUUGUAUAUUUUUAUUACUCUGAAAUUGUUCCAGAAAUGAAUUCUUGUGCAUGAAAUAAAACAUUU